UCCCUCACAUGGUAGGGUUGUGCGUCAGUUGCCAAAAGGUGGGGACAUUUCCUGAGCCUUUGCAACACUGAGAAGUUGUCUUAAGGGAGGUUGGACCCCACUCUGAGCAUCACGCUUGGAAAGUGCAGGCCCAGCUGGGCACAGCCCUGCCGAGGGAGACACCUGUUCGCCCUCCCCCUGGGUCCUGGCAGCCUCCCGGCCCCCAAGCGUGCGCCUGACCAUGUCCCUGGCCGAGGCCAUCAGCCUCUGGAAUGAAGGGGUGCUGGCAGCCGACAAGAAGGACUGGAAGGGAGCCCUGGAUGCCUUCACUGCGGUCCAGGACCCCCACUCCAGGAUUUGCUUCAACAUCGGCUGCAUGCAGACAAUCCUGGAAAACAUGCCUGAGGCAGAGAAGGCCUUCACGAAAAGCAUUAACCGAGACAAGCACUUGGCGGUGGCCUACUUCCAAAGAGGGAUGCUCUAUUACCACAUGGAGAAGCGGUGGAACACAGUGGAAAUCGCAUCUGCCCGAGGAACGGGACACCUGCGUUUCCGUCUGCCCCUCCUUCUGGGCUCUGUGAAUCGGAGUCAAGUCACCCAAUCUCCCAGCUUAGAAAGGAGGAACGGUGAUGCCUACUCUCUCCCCCUUCUCGGCAGUGUCUGUAAGCACAGAUACGAUGCAGCUAUUAAAGACCUUAAAGAGGCCUUGACUCAGCUUCGAGGGAACCAGCUGAUAGACUACAAGAUCCUGGGACUACAGUUCAAGCUGUUUGCCUGUGAGGUGUUAUAUAAUGUUGCUUUCAUGUACGCCAAGAAGGAGGAGUGGAAACAGGCAGAAGAACACUUAGCUUUGGCUAUGAGCAUGAAGUCUGAGCCGAGACAUACUAAAAUUGACAAAGCCAUGGAAUGUGUUUGGAAACAGAAGCUGUAUGAGCCAGUGGUGAUCCCUGUGGGCAGGCUGUUUCGGCCAAACGAGAGGCAAGUGGCUCAGCUGGCCAAGAAGGAUUACUUGGGCAAGGCGACAGUGGUGGCAUCUGUGGUGGAUCAAGACAGUUUCUCGGGGUUUGCUCCUCUGCAGCCACAGGCCGCUGAACCUCCACCCAGACCCAAAACCCCGGAGAUCUUCAGGGCUCUGGAAGGGGAAGCUCACCGUGUGCUGUUUGGGUUUGUGCCUGAGACGCCAGAGGAGCUGCAGGUCAUGCCAGGGAACAUCGUCUUUGUCUUGAAGAAAGGCAACGAUAACUGGGCAACAGUCUUAUUCAACGGGCAGAAGGGGCUCGUUCCCUGCAACUACCUUGAGCCGGUGGAGCUGCGGAUCCAAGCUCAGCAGCAGCCCCAGGAGGAAGCCUCCCCAGAGUCUGAUAUCCCAGCUCCUCCCAGUUCCAGCGCUCCUGGAAGACCCCAGUUGCCACCCGGUCAAAAAGAGAAAGAAGAGCCCAAGGAAGUAAAGCUCAGCGUUCCCAUGCCCUACACACUCAAGGUGCACUACAAGUACACGGUGGUCAUGGAGACUCAGCCCGGGCUCCCCUAUAGCCAGGUCCGGGACAUGGUGUCUAAGAAACUGGAGCUCUUGCCAGAACACACUAAGCUGAGCUAUCGGCCUCCGGACAGCAAUGAGCUGGUGCCCCUUUCAGAAGAUAACAUGAAGGCUGCCUGGGGCCACGUGAAAAACUACAGCCUGACUCUGUGGUGUGAGAACACAGUGGGUGACCAAGGCUUUCCAGAUGAACCCAAGGAAAGUGAAAAAUCUGAAGCUAAAAACCAGACAACAGAACCUCAGCUUAAGGAAGGAGGCCAAGUGGUAGCACUCUUCAGUUACGAAGCCACCCAGCCGGAAGACCUGGAGUUUCAGGAAGGGGACAUAAUCCAGAUUAUAUCAAUGGUGAAUGAAGACUGGCUGGAAGGAGAGUGCAAAGGGAAGAUUGGCAUUUUCCCCAAAGCGUUUGUUGAAGAACAUGCAACUACAGAUUCGGAAAGAUCUCCUAGAGGAGUCUAGGAUGUUCCAUAACCUACAAAGUUGGAGAAAAGUAACUAUAAUCAUUUGUGAGUUUUAAGCAUGCCCCUGCAGUACACUGUAGGGAGACAUCACUGUUUGGAAGUGUUAACUAGUCCACUUUUCCCACUGAAAAUUUAACCCAUUACACAAUGAUGGGAGAACUUAUCAUGAUGAUGACCCUGGCGGGUGGGAUGGAGUGAGUGGAAGUAUCUGGAAGGACAUGAAGGGGUCUUCUAGGGUACUGAUAAUGUUUCCUGCUCGGAGUGCUGGCUACCCAAAUGUGUUCACUUUGUAAAAGUUCACUGAGCUGUACGCUUACUAUUGGUGCACUUCUGGAUGUGGUACCUCAAUAAAAACUUACAAAAACAAGA